AUGGCAGAUAUUCUAAAUCUUCUUCGGUUGUACAAUGUGAAGAAUGAAGAGAUCAUCGAAAGGGACAACCGCAUAUUUUUUGGCGAGCAUUCAUGGCCAAAACACGUCAAGACCAACUACCUUAUGUGGAGGUCCGAUAAUGGGGCACCAAAGGAGUAUUAUACAUUAGAAUGUUUGCUAUUUCUACUCAAGCAUGUCACACUGACACAUUCUGCAUAUGUCCGAAAAGCUGUUGCUGAAAAUAAACAAGUUGUGCGCAGACCUGACCGUAAAGACCUUCUGGCUUACUUAAAUGGAGAAGCUGCUACCUCUGUAAAUAUUGAUAAAAAUGCAGCUGUAGAUAUCCUCAGACCAGUAAAACGUGCACGUGACGGUUCAGUAGAGAGCACGUCCAAGAGACGCAAGCUAGAAGAUUUGCAAGAGCAGAGGUUGAAACAACGGCUUGCUGCGAGGUUGGAUACGCCAAAACAAGCAUCCGUAACUGCUGACAACAUUAAAUCCCUAUCUGAAGCCAUGACAGUAGAGACGAUAGCUGCUAUCAAAGUGAAACGCUUGGCGAAGAAGAGGACUACUAUCAAAAGACAUGAUGAUAUUGAUAUAUGUUCUAAACGCAGAGUUAUGAUGGACCUCGAUGAUGACAACAUAAAAGACAUACUAUCCUGUGAACGUCCGGGAAGGUCAAGAAAUACAAUAUUACAAAGCACGGGAAAAAUGUUUGCACAAGAUGUCUUUGCCAUUCUGCAAUCAGUAAAGGAAAAAGAGGAGAGCAAACAAAUGCCUCCUGCUUCAACCUCCACCAUGACAUAUAAACCCACUCCCAUCAGGCCCCCCGCGCCUAGAGUUAUCCCUAUGGCCAAAGUGUACAACCGUUACGAUCAGGAGCGGUUCAUUAAACAGGAGAAAGAGGCGAAUGGAUUCAAAAUCAAUACAAUGGCAACGUACCACAAAAUGUCCUUGAAGUCAGUAACUGAAGGCGAUCAACACAAGAAAAUGCCAUCCCCUCAGACACCUCAUCCUGAGCACAUUCUAUCACCAUUGGUAAAAUAUCUCUCACCUGGUCUCCAGUUGUCUUCCCAACCUAUCAAGAGAACGUCUCGUACUCCCAUCAUCAUCAUCCCUGGAGCAAACACCUCACUGAUCACCAUGUACAAUGCAAAGGACAUCUUGCAGGACUUCAAGUUCGUUACUACAGAGGAUAAGAAGAAACAAGGUGCUACCCGGGAGAACGAAAUUUUGCUCCAACGGCGAAAGAAUGGGGCAUCGACAGUUCAGUAUAGAGUCAUAGACAAUCCUCAGAAACUGGCUCCAGGAGACUGGGACCGAGUAGUGGCUGUGUUUGCCAUGGGCCCUACUUGGCAGUUCAAAGGAUGGCCCUGGAAAGGAAAUCCUGUAGAAAUAUUUUCUCAAGUGUGUGGUUUUCAUCUGAAAUAUGAUGAGAUGGGGCUGGAGAAGAACGUGGCAGGCUGGGAUGUCUCUAUUAUUCAGGUGUCUCGAACAAAACGUCACUUGGAUCGUGCUGCACUCAUGGUGUUCUGGGAAAAACUAGACAAACACUUGAUGAAAAACAAACCUCACCUUCGAUUCUGA